CCGAGUACAUCCUCCCUCCCUCAAAGGCUCAAAGCCUAGAUGAACAAGGGAAACAAGGCCAUUCUCCAAGGUAAGUUUUACUGUACAGUACGAGGAAGCACUCUCCGCACUUGGAAACGUGCCGGUGCCAACACCUCAAAAUCAAAUCAGGACUACUCCUGCAACAGAUUUUGCUUGUCUUUGUCUCUCUUAGAAAAUCACCAACACUCCUCCGACCAUUUCAAUCAAAUUCUGUCGCAUGCAAUUGCUUCGGGCCUCUUCUCAGACCCCUUCAUAUCCAGUAAGCUCCUCCUUGCCUCUCUCUCACUCCCCCACCAUCAUGAUCUUCAAUUCCCUCAUGCUCUUUUCUUUCAAAUCAAGAACCCCAAUAUCUUUGCCUGGAAUUUCAUGUUCAAAGCCUACUCUCGGAGCUCUUACCCGGAACAAUCCAUAUCUCUUUACAAUCUCAUGCGACGACGUUUUGCGACUUUGCCCGACAACCAUUCUUUCCCUUUCCUCCUCAAAGCCUGUGGCCGUCUCUCGCUUUCUCAGAAAGGUCAAGAACUCCACUCUCUGACCCUCAAACUCGCACUUGAACCAGAUGUCUUCGUGCAAAACGCCCUGGUGUCCAUGUACUCCCUCUGUGGCUUGCUUCAGACUGCCCGCAGAGUGUUCGAUAAGGUUCCAGCUUCGGUUCGCGAUGUAGUAUCUUGGAAUAGUAUGAUUUCUGGGUACCUACAGCGCGAUUGUUGUUGGGAAGCCUUGAAGGUUUUUGUUGAAAUGCUGGCUGAUGGGUCCAUGAGGCCAGAUGGGGUAACUUUUGUGAGCGCUCUGACUGCUUGUGGAAGAAUCGGAUUUCUUGAUCUGGGGCUGAAAAUCCAUGGAUUACUUGCACGGAGUGCAUUUCUUUUAGAUGUCGUUUUGGGUUCCUCUUUAGUAGACAUGUACGCCAAAUGUGGGCAGAUUGAGAACGCUAGAAAGGUUUUCGACAGAAUUCCAGAUAAAAAUGUAGUUUGUUGGACUUCUUUGAUAGGCGGUUAUGCCCAUUCACAUUUAUUCAAGGAAGCGAUUGAGUUGUUCAGGGAGAUGCAGGUUCAUGGAGUCAAAGCUGACGCUGCGACUGUGGCUUGUGUAGCUUCUGCAUGCGGGCAUUCAGGUGCGCUGGAUCAAGGAAGGUGGGUGCACACCCACUGUGAAAGGAGUGGCAUUCACAUAAACCUCUCCACAAAAAAUGCUUUGAUUGAUAUGUAUUCAAAGUGCGGAGAUAUCGAAAGGGCUCUCCAAAUUUUCCAUGAGUUGACUGAGAGAGAUGUAUUUUCAUGGACGGCGAUGAUUACUGGGCUUGCCAUGAAUGGGCAGUCUGAUAAAGCAUUGAAAUUGUUUUCACAAAUGGACAUGUCCGGCGAUGUUAGGCCAAAUGAGGUCACAUUUCUAGGAGUCUUGUCUGCAUGUUGUCAUGGUGGAUUUGUAGAUGAAGGGUUCCACUAUUUUAAUGACAUGACUCAAAGUUACAAGCUCACGCCUCGUAUUGAACAUUAUGGGUGUAUGGUUGAUCUUCUUGGCCGUGCUAACCUCUUGGCUGAAGCAGGAAAGUUUAUCAGGGCAAUGACCAUUGAAGCUGAUGUGGUUAUAUGGCGAUCCUUACUUUUUGCAUGUACAUGUCAUGGGAGCAUAGAAUUGGCAGAGCUGUCAGCCGAAAGAAUCGAGGAACUGGAGCCCAGAAGGUGCGGGGGACGUGUUUUAUUAUCCAACAUAUACGCUUCAGCCUCGAGGUGGUCUGAUGUGAACAAAAUGAGGAAAGGUAUGGCUCUUCAGAGAAUCCAAAAGCUUCCUGGCUGCUCUUUCAUUGAAAUUGAUGGUGUUGUUCAUGAAUUCUUUGUUGGGGAUGGUUCGCAUUGUCAGAUAAAGUCCAUAUAUGAGACGAUUAUUGGAAUUAAUAAGGUUAUACAAGCUGAAGUUUUUGACCCAUAUAUCUAGGAUUGUCAAUGACAGUUAGAUAUAGGUUGAUUGGAAUUCUAGGAAACUUUAGCUUGUAAUUACCAGAUGAACUUUAUGGAAUAAUGAAAUGCUACUGAAAAGUAGCACUUUAGACUAAACGAGGAAACAGUUGUUGCUUGAAAUUUCGCAGCAAGGCAAAAUUUCAUAAGGGCAAAGUAGGGUUGUACGAGUGGAUAUUGAAUUUACACAUGCCCGGGUUUGAUUAAAAGGAACUGUUUAUGUAUUAUGAGGACCACAUUUCAUAAAGUAGAAGUUACUAGUUCGAA